AUGCACUACAAUUUUCAGAGGCUGAAAGCUUCGAAACAAGUACGAAGGAACAGGGGGAGAGGGAGAGGGAGAGAGAGAGAACGAGAGUUGUGCCCAUACAGCUUCAUUUCUCAAACCUCCAUUCUCAGAGGUGGUGGUGGAGGCUAUGGCGAUGGCGGUGCUGGUAGAGGCUAUGGAUCUGGCAGUGGCAGAAACUAUGGGACCGACAGUGGUAGUGGCUAUGCAAGUGCUGCUAGCGAGGGCUCUGGAGGUAGCGGUGGCGGUGGUGGAGAUUAUGGAGGAAGUGGUGGUGGAGGUUAUGAGAGUGGCGGUGGGGGUAGUGGAAAUUAUGGAGGUAGAGGUGGCGGUGGAGGUGGAAAUUAUGGACCAAACGCGACGAGCCCUUUGUCGACGACAAUUGUAGACGAUUGUAGAAACAAUCCCUAUUGA